CUGAAGGAAGGGGUGAAUUACAGCGCGGCCAAUGCUGCGUGGAUGCAUUUUGUCGAACAACUGAAUUUCGCUUGAGGUGUCCAAGGGCAAGUGGAUGAAGUCCGAGCUAUUCCCAUCCCGCCGGAAUUGAUUCGUGAGCGUUUCGGCGCUGUUACUUUAGUCAUUCGCCAAUUUGCCUCACUCAAGACACGGCCCAAGUCUCUGGUGACGCACGAAGUAAUGUGUUCGAACGAGAAGAAGGAGGUGCCUCCCUCAGUGCCAGCCAAGUGGUACGAGAAUUGUCUAUGGCAGCCUAAGCUCAUGUACGCCAUCGCCAACGUGCAGCAGUCGUCGGUCGCCAUCUUUUUGGCCGUGUACUAUCAACAAACUGCUGGUUUCUCCAAGGUGCAGAUCGGUGUGCUGCAGACGCUGCCGUGCAUCUGCGCAAUGGUGUCGCCACCGAUUUGGGGCGCGGUGGCCGAUUACAUUCGUAACCAGCGCGCGGUGCACAACUUCUGUAUCAUCACGGGCGGUCUGCUAAUGUUCUGCAUCCAGUACUUCUACUGGUCGUACUACUGGACGCUCGCAGUGCUGGUGCUGGCCAACUUCCAGUCGAUGCCCGCCGGUUCCCUCAUGGACCAUGCUGUGCUGGACAUGAUUCACAAAGUUGGCGGUGAGUACGGCAAGCAGAGACUAUUUGGUGCUGUCGGAUGGGGAUCGGGCGCGUACAUCACCGGUCUAGUCGUCGCUGCUGCGGGUAUUUCGUGGGCGUUCAACAUUAGUCUCAUCUUCAUGUUUGCCUCGCUUCUGGUGCUCCGUACGAUCCCGCCGGUCAAGCACGGACACCAUGACGAAACGCACUCUACAAUGGAGAAGGGUGGCAAGACUGCGCGCCAGCCGUCGUUUGCUGACAACAUGCGCCGUAUUUGCGAGAAGAAGGAUGUCAUCAUGCUACUUCUUGUGGUGUUUUUCAUGGGUCUCAUGUACGGUGUGCUGUCAAGCUUUCUGGCGCUCAAUUUGUUCAAUUUGUCGGGCGGAAACGCGCAAAUUGUGGGCAUUGCUAUCAUGUGCGAAACCCUAUCGGAGCUACCAGCUUUCUUCUUCUCACACACGAUUAUCCAGAAACUAGGUACGGUGAAGGUGUUGCUGGUCUCCAUUGGGGCUUAUGCUCUUCGCAUCACGUACUACGCCGUCAUGACGAACGCUUGGAGUGCCAUUCCGUUUGAGUUUUUGCACGGAUGCACGUUUAGUCUGGCGUGGGCUGCCUGUACACAGUACAUCUACGCUGCUGCCCCCAAGGGCUGCGAAGGAACUGUCAUGGGGCUUUUAAACGCAACGCAGAACGGUUUGGCUCGUGCGGUAGGCACGAUGGUUGGUGGGUUCUUCUACCAGCACUACGGUGCUCGGGUUAUGUGGACCGCCACGGAUCUGGGUGUGCCUCUGGCUCUUAUAUUCCUGUCUGCGUUUGCCUACCUCAAGAAUGACUACGAGGAAGUUCUCUCGGGCGAAGAAAUCGAGAAAGAGGAGUCCGAGAUGUUUUCGCCUCACCACCACGCCAAGGCUAUCCUGUCCAGCGGUCAGUCCUACGACGAGAUCGAGUAAAACAAAUGAACUUGUGUAUUUGACGAGUCAAUUACAAUGUAGUACCUUGCAUUUGCUACAGUACCAGGCUGCAUAGAUUUGUAAUACGGUUGAAUUCAACACCGAUACCUACAAGAGUUAGGUUUACAUGUUCCAAAUUCCAAAUUACUAUGAAAC